AAUCACGAUUGCUGCUGCCACCGGUGGUGUGAUGAUGGUCGACAAGUUUCGAGUGGGCCCCCGGCCGAGGCGCUCGCCUGGCCCAAUUUGAAUCUUAAUUGAAAUCGACUCAACUUGAGUUGAACCCAAAUGUUACAACCGGUUCAACCAAGCCGAAUUGAGCUAAACCCAACAACAUCCACUCCCCGCCCCUGGCGCCAGCGCGGCGCCCGCAUCAACCCUAGUCUCCCGAUCGCUCGCUCCUCGUCGCCGUCGCCGAUUCCUGCCGGUCCUCCCCUCAUCCGUCCAGUGGUGGCCGUACAUCCUCAUCCGUGCUUCUCCCGACUUCGGCAUCCGCCUCCUCUUCGAUCCAAGGUAUCCCUUUGCUCCAAAACCUUGAUUGGUAUAUUUGAAGAGCAGAAAGGUCACCUGGCAUUCAGGAACAAUGGCCAGCAAAACUAGCAGCGACAGUCGGGAGCCGAUGAAUGAGCAAAUAAUUUUAAACACAUAUGGAAACAUGCGCUCAGAAAUUAACCAGAUCUACUCAAAGAUCACUGAGUUAGAGAUGGAAGUCAGUGAGCACUCUCUUGUAAUCGGUGCCAUACAACCACUUGAUCCAUCACGUCGCUGCUACCGAAUGGUCAGUGGUGUGCUGGUCGAGAGGACGAUCAAGGACAUCCUGCCUGCUGUGCAGCGCAACAAGGAAGGUCUCGAGGAGGUCAUUGCUCGCCUCAACGAGGCAUUGGAGAGGAAGAAGAAGGAGAUUUCAGAGUUUGAAUUGAAGUAUAAGAUCAAGAUAAAGAAAGCCGACAGUGAGACCAAGGAGGACACCAACCAAAAAGAAGGUUCUGCGCAGGGGGUUCUUGUAGGCCCUGCAAGCUAAUAAAAGUUGCUAGGAAAUGGUGUUUUCCUUGGCUUUUUAAAUCUGGUUUAUAUUUUUCUAGACAGAAAACAUGAUCUUAUGGAGUUUCGUGUUGCAGGCAUGUCCUGAUGAGCUGUAGUAGAAUUUGAUGGAACGAACCACUGAAAUCCUAUGAUGGUAUUGUAGUUAUUCACGAGUUGUUCUUUGCUUGUGUGCAAGUAAAGCCAUUAAUCUAUGCAUUGAUCUGAUGUCU